AUGAUUCCACCGCCCAGACGAUCUUUCUCUUCUGAUAUUUCAGCCUGCCAACCUCUAAUAGCGACAAAGCGCCACACCGAAUGCGAGCCAUAUCAAUGUCGUACCCAAAGAAAACAAAAGUAUUUACGACAAUUCUGCAGCAUUCAAAGAUGGUCUCUACCCAAAUCCAUGCAAAAAAUGCUGCAUAAGAAAUGUCGACGGUGA